GAGGAGACGUGGUGACGUUUCCCGGAGGCUCGCUCCGUGUCGCUCGCGAGCUCAAGUUUGAAAAUAACGGCCGCGGGCGGAGCGGGUAGAAUGAGGGGAGGGGCAGAGAGAGGGGCACACUAAGGAGAAGUGGGGGGGGAUUGGGGGCGGGGAGGCACAGGGGUCCACUUACCGGAACCAAGCUGGGUCUGGGGGGGACGGGGACCUAUCAAAUGUUUGCCGGCUGAAGAUGUCGCAGAAGGACAGUGUGUGCUCGCGUUCUUAUUUCGUGGUUGUCAUGGUGUUUGUCCACGUUUACAUCCUCAAUGUGAUGGCCUUGCUGCUGUACGUCUACUACACCAGCGAGAGCGCGCACUCGCCCACCGACAGCGGCGCGCUCCCGCCAAGCGGUCAAGGCGCGGCCCCGCCGCAGGGACCACUCGUCCCGUCACAGCCACCGUCACCGGAACCCGUCUCCCAGCAGCAACAACAACAACAAGCUAUGGUGCUCGGCCGCCUGCGCCGGCUGGAGGGCAUCAAGGUUGGCCACAAGCAAAAGGUGGAUCUGGUUCCUAACAAAAUACACUACUUGAAAACACUGAGCCUAAAACCACUUCUGUUUGAAAUUGCUAACUUCCUUUCAGAGGAGGAAUGCAAACUCGUCAUACAUCUAGCAAAGUUGAAGGGUCUCCAAGAGAGCCAGAUUACGCCAUCUGACAUUCAACAGGAGGCCAUUGAUGAGAUGGAUAUCAGCAAGGAGGAAAUUUUCAACUUACUUGACUACAAUCAGGAUGGACAGCUACAAAUGAAAGAGGUCUUGACCCAUACACGUUUCGGCGAUGGAGUCUGGAUUACUCCUGAAAAUAUUCGAGAAAUCUACACGGGUCUUGAGGCUGACCCUGAUGGAAAUGGUUUGCUGAGCUUGGAGGAAUUUAAACAACUUAACACAAAUGCUUUUCAAACAUACCUGCGACAACGUGGGGUGCAGAAGUCCGAAUUGGUUCGCAACAGCAAACAUACGUGGCUGUAUCAGGGUGAAGGAGCACACCAGAUCUUAAGAACUAUUCGACAUAGGGUGAUCAGAUUGACAAAGUUACCUCCUGAGAUAGUAGAGCAUAGUGAACCAUUGCAGGUGGUGAAGUAUGAUCAAGGAGGGCACUAUCAUGCUCACCAUGACAGUGGACCAAUCUACGCAGAGACCAGUUGCUUCCACACAAAACUGGUAGCAAAUGGAUCCACUCCAUUAGAAACUUCCUGUCGGUAUGUGACAGUGCUGUUUUAUUUGAACAAUGUUUCUGGAGGAGGGGAGACUGCUUUUCCUGUAGCAGACAAUAGAACGUAUGAUGAACUGUCUUUAAUCCAGAAUGACGUGGAUUUACGAGAUACACGGAGAAACUGUGACCGAGCCAACCUGCUGGUGAAGCCUUUGCAAGGCACUGCUCUCUUCUGGUACAACUACCUCUCUGAUGGUGAAGGUUGGGUGGGUGAGCAAGAUGAGUACUCAUUGCACGGUGGCUGCGUCGUCACCAAAGGAACCAAAUGGAUUGCCAACAACUGGAUCAACAUUGACCCAGAUGCACAGCGUCAAAAUCAGUUCCAACAAGCAGUUUCCAAAUACACAAAUGAAGAAGGUCCUGCAGAGUGGGCAGUUGAUAAUAUUUAUAAAGACUUGCAUGUAGAGCUGUGAAUGUGUUCCAAAACAGAAUGUUUUUGAAUGCUUAAUGUGGACAAACUUCCUUUUUUAUUUGUCCAUCUUCAAUCAGGGUUUAAAGAGAAAAUAUGUUGUGAUCAAUUGCCUUCAGUCAUGAAUGUUUAACUUUACCUUCAGCUUCCAGUGGCUGAAUACUGGCAGGCUAUUUGACCGCAUGUUGCAUCACAGCCCAGCCUGAUCCUGUCCCUGCCUGACGUGUGCUUCAGAACAUGGAUCAGUGGCUAAUGAUUAGAAGUAACACCAAGCCAUAUUGUUUUUAUUACUUUAUUCUUUCUAUUUCAAUUUUAAUCUGCCCUGCUCUGGCCAAGAAUGUGGGCAGGCAUUUGAGCUGCUCAGACUUUUAUUUUUCUUUAGUUCUAACAGAGGAUGACACCCAAAAUACCAUGAUGGUCCAAUGCAGUUGCUGUGCUGAUGCUGUGUAUUUCCAGGAUCCUGUUUUAAAUUUUAGAUUUCCCAGCAUUCGUGCCUUCUUAAUUCAAUUAUUAUGACCAUUCACUCUUCCUUCUUUUAACAAUAUGUUUCAAAUCUGCUCAACAAGUCCAAUACAAGCUUUGCAGAGGGAUUAUUGAGCCCUGUAAACCAAGAAAGUCCUAGCAUAAAUCCCUGUUCCAUGCUGUGUUCACUAAUCUGUCAAGAUGGUGAUGGGAGCUGUCAGUCAUUUUGGAGUGAAUACCUUCUGAUUUGAUAUUUAGGUAAACUUACUGGAAGUGAGAGUCUCACGAGGCAAAGGGAAAGUACUAGAUUUGAUUGUGAUUUGAUUAAGUUGAAUCUUGCCAACAAACCCUAAGCUCAGGAGAAGAAUGGCUACUUGGACCAGGGACCAAAUGGCAGAGAGUGCCUCUGAAACCAUAUUUCAGUAAGUAAUUAGGACCUUCAGGAGAGCAAAAGAGAAAUAGUAGAUGUUUUUUAAAAACAUGGUGACAUGACAAUUCGGAGCUGAUUUCAAUAAGGCUCAGCUAUCCUACUCCUACUCAACACUGUCUUAAAGGAACACAGGACUAAAUACCUCCGUCAUCUCAACCAAACAGCCUUUGAUUCAUCACCCCACCUUAGCAAGUGAUUUUUAUCAGAGAAAUUAUCAGAACUGAUUCUGACAUGGUUCUUUAUAGAUAAUCAGCGAUAUACACUGCAGCAAGCCACACUGAAUAGUCUUGAAUCUUGACUGUUAAUCUGUCAGUCCCUAGAAAUAAUUUAGAUCAAUGCUGCAUUCCCAUCACAACCCAAACGUUCAACACAGACCAGUGGUCAAACUUGAGGCUUUUGUGGAACCUCAUGAUUUAGUACUGCAUAAUGUAGUACAUUCACCCAUAAGCCUCAGGAAUGAUCAUAGAACUACUCUAUAACCAUUUUUUUUGAAUUGAGCAAAUAGUUCUCAAACAGCUAGGAGUCAUCUAUGAUGUAGAGGAAAGCAGGUUGUCUAGGUGACAUGAGCUCACCAUGUAAUUAAGGUGAAAGUUUCUCAACGUACAAUAAUUAGAAAAAGAUAAUAUGUUUGCCCAAAUUGUAUGUUGAAUCUUAGUGCAUAGAUAUAUAUAAAUAUAUAUAUUUUAAAAUCUACAUGUAGCAAAAUAUAAAGCAUCAUGUUUCUCAAUAUGGAGAUAGCAAGAACUGCAGAUGCUGGAAGUCAGAGUUGAUACAGUGUGGAACUGGAGGAACACAGCAGGUCAGACAGCAUCAGAGGAGCAGGAAAGUCAAUGUUUCGGGUCAGGAUCCUGUUUCUCACUAUGUUGGGUUGGCCGGAGACAAGGCGAUAGGAUUUUAUUCUUUCGAUUUCUACAUCUUUUCCCUCUCAAAUAAAUAGUCACCUCCAUUCGAGGGUAGAACAGCAGCUGAGAUAGGGAGGGAAGAAUUUCUCUGUAGACGCUGCCUAAGUUCAUCCUAUUGUGGCAAAUGAAUUAAUCUGAUGGACUUACCUAAAUGUAAACUUAAAGCUGCAGUUUUAGAAUGAUAGAGCGCUGCCACUAGGACCCUUCUCUUGUGUCUGUAGUUCUUUUUUGUUCUGGGAUUAAUUCCUCUCCCUUUCAUUUUCUCUCAUCCUCCUCUCUUGAUAUUGCUUCCUGCAAGAGUUUGAUUCCAUGGCCACAUUGUCCCCAACUAUUCACCCAAGUAGCCAUGACUCGUUUGGUGAGCCUGGACAAUAUGUGUCAAUAGACUGAUGCAUUACAGAGGGCAUCUUGACUGAGUGAAGUCCUGAUCCUACCCUCUCCCAGUGCCCACUUUCUAAUAUUAGAAUAGUAAGCAGGAGUAGGCCAAUGGGUCUCUUGAGACUGCAAAAUACCCUGCAAAAACAAACAGAGAAUGCUGGAGAUACUCAGCAAGUCUGACAGCAUCUGUGGUGAGAGAAACAGAGUUAACCUUGAUUCCAGUAUGACUGUUCUUCAGCAGCCCUCCACCCUGAUUAUCUAGCAUCGAAUUACAGUGUCCCUUAAUUUUCUCCCUGAGUUUUGGCCAUCCUGGUAGUAUUGAAUAAAACUAAUUUUAUGAAAAAUAUGAAACCACAAGAAGGCAAUUAAGCUUAUCGAUAUAAUUUUCUUAGGCUGGGCCCCACUAUUAAGAUAAGAGUUGUCAGUUCUCUGCUGCAUUCAGUUUAGGUACAUGCUUCAGGUUGAUCAUUAUCUGUUGUCAUCUCUUACCAUGUUCUCUGUGCAAGCAUUUAAGGUUUACUCAUAAACAGUAAAUAGGGUAACUUUUUCCCUUUCUUUGUUCAGAUGUAGAUAUUUGAAUUACAUAAUCUGGCUUCAUAAUAACUACAGUAAGUAACUGUACUGCCCAUGUGAUGCUGAGCAAAAUAACCUUCACCAGACACUUGGUCUGCACUGAUUUUAACCAGUCUUGACCAAGGUGGUAUUUUGGUAAAAAUGUUCUGAGUGACCCUGGCCUGGCGAGAAAAGAGGAAUGUUCAGCCACUUAUCCUGUCACUCAUUAUUGAUCCCUUUUAGAAAGGACACAUGGGAAAUAGAUUUCAAGCAAGAACAAUUAAAACAGUUAACCCUAACCCUCAUGAUUUUCUACCUUCUUGACUUCAUUUUAAGAAAUUGCUAAUCAUUGCUUUCAAUCACAGAGAUUCCCUGCCAGUACAUCCAAAUUCAUCAUUUCUUUAUGAUGAAUUUCUUUAUUUCUUUUCUUGGGCCAGAUUUGAUAAGUCAGCUGGACUUUUCCUGUCCUACUUCAAAACUUCAGAAAGUUUUGCUAAUGCUGCUAACCUGACAUUUCUCUCCUCAGGAUGAUAUUUAAUUUUCCAAAACUUAGGUUCUUACAAUCUCUUGGGAGUUCUUUAGAAUAUGAAUCUCAUUAACUAUAUAUUAAUUUUGAGAUUUUCACCUGCCAUCUUCCUUGUGCUGAAAGCAAGACUCAUUUUUGAAGGGAUUGUGGGGAGGAGUGAACGUUUAUAGGUGUAUAAUGUACGUAUGUGAAAAUCAAUUGUCAGAAUCCUGGGAUAAACAGCAGCCGGCAACAAACAGCCCAGGAGAUGGGACAACCUCCUCGACUAUGGAAUGGUUCUGUAAAAUGCAGGAAGGUUGCUCACCCUGAACACUACAGCAAUAUAAAGAGUAUUAAAUAACCACAGAAUCUUGAUUUGCAAGUUAGACAGUUAUUCAAAAUACUUUUGUUCCUGGGUAAGUACAUAUAAACUGUCAAGGAACAGAGGUAUUUGUUUUGGAGUCUUUAUUUCUUCCCCUCCAUUCCUGAACCCUGAUUUCUAGGCUUUUGUGCAGUUCAGAUGUAUCUGUAAACUAUUCAGAAAUGGAGGGAAUCACAUCUAAGCUUGAUCCUGUCCUUGCUUAUUUCCACAUGUGCAUAUUUUCUAGCGAUCAAAAGGAAGUACUAGUUGUGCGUCUCCCUUCUACACCUCCAAAACAGAAGAUUUUGCUCUUUGCAAACACUUCCAAUGCUGGUCUGAUUUGAGCUUCUUACAGCCAAGGAAUUGAAGCUUGAGCCUUAUAUUUGUUUGCUGCCCUAUUGCAUUUUCUCAUGGAACAUGUGUUGAAUUGACCUUGGAAUAGUACUACAGUUAACGUGUUUGUCAGCUAUACAGUAGUGGAUCUGGGAUGAGAUGGAAGAAAAUUGUACAUUUGGCAUGUCUGCAUUAUGUUACCAUAAAAUGCAGGCAAAAAAGCACUUACACUGCAGUCCACAUACAAAAUAGUUUCGUAAUCCUAAUCUUGUGCCUUGCCCAUCAUAGAAUUACACAGUAAAAAAUGAGAAAGGCCGUUUUGCCCAUCAUGUCUAUGCUCAAAUUUUUGUCAUAGCCCUGUAAUUUAUUUUUCUUCCUGGAAGUGUUUAUCAACUCUCCUUUAUUACUGUUGAAAUUACUUUCACUACCUUUACAGUCAAUACACAGUAAAUCAUAGCAAUGCGUCACACUCUGCUUCUUUUGCCAGUUGCAUUAAAUAAUUACAAAUCCUCCUGUGAGUGGGAAACUGUUUCUCCUAUUCUACUUUAUCAAAACCCCUCAAUUUUCAAUACUGCUGUUAAAUUUCUCCUGAACAUUAUUUGCUCAAAGGAGAACAAACUCGUUAUCAACUGGAAAUGUUUUAAAUGUUUUGAUUAAUUUGAAAGAUAAUAUAUAAAAGGAAAGUUUAAAUAAUUCUAUUUAAUAGGCAUUGUCCCCACGCUGUGACAUUGUGAUUUAUUUUUUAUAUUCUAUCUUAAAAUACUCAUAUCUUUAUCUUCCUAAUUAAUAACACCUUCAAUUUCUAGUGUUAGCUUAUCCUUUUUGAAUGCUAUAUUGAAGAAGUCAGGUCUAUUACUAAUAUUCAUCCUCCGCUUGUAACACUAAAUUAUUUAGUAUUUAUUAAAGUAUGUCAAUAUUUAAUUAAUUAUUAUUUAAUAUUUUGCUCCAUUAGGGCGUGUGUCCUGACAGGUUCCAACAUAUUUUUUAUUUAAUUGUAGAUGUUGCACUUAAUCCCCCAAGAUUUCCUUGGGUUACUCAGGUAAUACAUGCCAGCUUUGUCUGAAUAAAGACAACACAUUUCUUGUCUAUGCUGCAUGUGUGAGCUCACUCAAUUAGUCUGUAUUGUAUUCUUCAGUCUGCCUGUCUCUAUGUUGACUUGUAAACAGUUGUGUAAUCUUCAACAAGUCAUUAAAAACUGGUUUAAAACUGA